CCCUGUUGGAAUUCUCCACCCUGAGGAGUGCAUUUUCCACCUCUGGGGCGUGUGGAACAACCUCCUCCGUGACCCAAGGAAGGACUCCAGAAGGAAGCUCCUGAAACAACCACAGUUGUCUGCUCAGAGCUAGCCAUGACAAGGGCCGCUACAUGCAUAUACCACUUCCUUGUUCUGAGCUGGUAUAUUUUCCUCAACUCGUACAUUUCACUAUUAGGAGGGGUCCAGCAGAAAUCCGAAAUAUUUCGAAAUGGUGGUCGGUGGAAGUACUUGACACUCCUUAAUCUGUUCUUGCAGGCCAUUUUCUUUGGGGUCGCCUGCCUGGAUGAUGUGCUGAAAAGAAUUAAAGGGAAAGAAGACGUCAAGUUCAUAACCGCCUUCAGAGACCUGCUUUUCACCACACUGGCUUUUCCUGUAUCCACAUUUGUAUUUUUGUCAUUCUGGACACUGUUUCUGUACGAUCGAGAACUCCUUUACCCUAAGGCCCUGGAUGGUAUCUUUCCAGCAUGGCUGAAUCAUGCAAUGCACACUUCCAUCUUACUGCCCUCGCUGGUUGAGCUCACCCUCAGGCCACACCACUAUUCAUCCAGGAAGAAAGGAAUGGCCGUGCUGGCUGCCGGGGGCCUUGCCUACAUCAGCAGGGUCCUGUGGAUCUACUCUGAAACUGGUACGUGGGUGUAUCCUGUGUUUGCCAAACUCAGCCCACUGGGGCUGACAGCCUUCUUCUCUCUCAGCUAUCUCCUGAGCGUUGGCAUCUACCUCCUUGGAGAGAACCUCAACCACUUGAAAUGGGGUGACCCAGUGCAACCACUUAAGAAGAGGAAGUGAUCGCACACCAUUUUCCAAGAAUCAAGGAGGAAGAAAACAUCAGAGUUCAUCCUUCUGGUUUUUUAUUUUUAUUUUUUUUCUGGUGGGGGGAGGUGGUGGAGCAACAUAGAAAGUUAGAAAGGACAGGGGUGCUAUUGAAGUUUAAUAAGAGGUUUAUGAGGGUAGCUGAAUUUGAGAACUCUUGGUGUGUUUUGAAAGAUUUAUAGGACACACCGAAAACAAAUCCUGCUGUCUCAGAAUUUGUUAUCUUUGUCUAACCUCUGUGGGGAAUGGCCUGUGGUCAAAGUUUCAUCAAAGGCCAAAAAAACUCACAUACACUCUGUUAGAGAAUAUUUAGAGAGAGAAAGGAACUUAGCAUUAUUCAAACUCUUAACCUCGGCAGAGGAUACCUUACCAAAGACCCUAGAUGAGAAGUUACUUGCAUGAGGCCAAAGAGUUAGUGCUAGAACCAAGAUAAUAGCUUCAAUCUCCCAGUUCUAACUCCCAGUCCAGUGCCAUUUUUAAAUAUUAUCAACUUUCCUAAAAAUCGGAUUUUAGUGAGCUAGUUAUUUUGAUGGAUAGCUAGUCUAUCUUUUCUAGAUAUAGAUAAAAGUAAGGAGAUGGCUUCAGAAGUAAUCUGCCUGAUGUGAUAUUAAAUUAAUUGGAGCUAUGAGAAAAUAUGUUAUAAAAAAAAACAUUGGGAAAUAUUGUCCUUUCUAUGAGUAAGCAUUUGGGACAGGUAUAAACAUUGAACACAAUGACACUGUCAAAAAUCUCUUCUAUUUGAACCAUGGUUAAUUCACCAAAUAAAUGUUAUACAUUGUA